UACCAUCUUGAAUAGGUUCUGAGCUGAGCUAUGUCAGGCAUGGUUGAAUUUGCUCCUGCAGUGACAGCUGCCUGCAGUCAGCGAUGCUGAGGGGACUGACAUACAUCGGGCGGUUUAGCCAAUUCGGUCAUUUUCGAUUGAUGCGGUUGAAUUCACAAGAGCUGGGGUUGGAGAACGGUGUGCGUUAGACAGGUGGCCGAAAGCCGAGCAGCUUCUCAAAGUUGACGAGCCUGGGAACCUCCCCGCCAUGAGGGCAAAGCGCCUGGAAACCCUCCAGUUCUGACACACCAAAGGCCCCGACUAGAAACCUCUGCUCUGACCUUCGCACACAAAAUGCAAAUCAACGGGUUCAGAAGCGGCGUGGAGGUGGGCAUUGGCUCGUUUAACUUGGGUUGCACAAUUUGAAAAUAUGCCCACUGUCCGUUAGUGGAAACCCGUCAGCUCGAAAUCUGGAGGAGGUGGCUUUGCAGAGGUGAACGUGAGAGCAGAGCCCGAGCUCAGCGACUGCAGAAAGCUCUGAGCUCGACUCCGCGCACAGUGCCGCACUCCCAGCUCCAGACCGUGCCUUCCAUUUCCGUUACGACGCACAGUGUGGGCGGCACUGCCAGAAGCCAAGAAGCGCUCAUUUUUAAAAUUUGAUGAUGUCAAUAAUUUUUUUUCAAAACUGCUCUCAGCGAUCGGCAAUUGCGGAACCGCCACUAUUUUCAUUAGGAAAACGGGAACGUUCUCUUGCUCCCAGAAUAAACUGCAGGAACCGUGGAGCUGGGUCAAAAGGACGACUUCAAAUGUGAACAUAUGCGCGUUAGCUGUAACAGCAAGUUACUUUUCAGUUUUGCAGGAUCGCAAUGAUCGGCAGCUGCCUUCCGAGUCCCGGACGGGAGAUGUCAAAGCUGACGGACACACUUUCUUCGAAUCGAGCGGCUUUUUCGGAGUAUUUCUGCAACUCAAUUUGACUGAAUGAGUAAGUGGAACCAAAAAAAGGAAACGUACGAACCAGCCGGAGUUUACUGCUGAGAGCAGCCUUUCAUUUACAGUGAAGUAACAGUUGCAAAAUGGGCGGGAAAAGUGCAAAACAUUCGAAUAUUGCAUCUCUAUCGGUAUACAGUAACUGAUUCAACUGUUACAUUUUCUGAAACUGUCCUGGGAUUUUUUUUACAGUCGUGAAGGUGAAAUAUUAAAUAUCCACGCCGUGGCUGAUGAGAUGUUAAUCGUAAUUUAAUUUUUAUGCUUUGGGGUACCAUGGCAAAAUCACUUGAAACUGUUAACUUUGAGAUAGCCAAGCUAUCAUUGGACUUGUAUCACGUGUAUUAUAUUGAUGAGAGAAAGGGGCGGACCAGGCAACGUCAUUACUAGGAUCACACAUCAAUUACUCUAGUUUAGUAAAUACUAUACUACAGAGCGGGACGAGAUUCUUCAUCUCACUAUACCUAUUGGCCGUCUGUGCUUAUCGGAUUUCGACAUUUUUGAAGUAUUAAUAAUGGAAACAGCUGAUGGAUCAGACGGUGAUAAAUUAACAAGCGCUGCAGCCAAAGGAGACUCGAAAGAAGUCAACAUUUUGCUAGAAAACGGGGUGAAAGUGGGUGCAAUCAACAAGUUUGGCAGAACUGCACUUCAGGUGAUGCAAAUGGGUCAUACUAUAAUAGCCAAGUCACUAUUGAAAGCUGGAGCUAAACCAAACGAACAGGAUCGCAGUGGAUUCACACCAGCUCAUGAUGCAGCUAGGGAAGGAUUUCUGGACACUUUGAUAACUUUGGUGGACUUUGGGGCAAAUGUAAAUAUUGAAAAUUCUGAGGGCAAUUUGCCCAUUCAUCUUGCUGCACAGGAAGGUCACACCGAUGUGAUUAUAUUUUUGGCUAAAAAAUCAAACUUAACACACAAAAAUAAAAAGGGACAAACUCCGUAUGAGCUGGCUCAGAUGUACAAAAGGACGGAGACAGUGCAAUGGAUGGAACAAAAUUUAUAGCAAACUAAUAAGCGAGUAUAGUCUUUUGUAUUUAUUGUAUUUGUCAGCUAACAUAUGUAGAUUUGUUUAUUGGUUUCCAAUGUUUGUAUUUCCAUAUAAAUAGUCUUUUAUUUUCUAGUAUGUGUUUAAUGUGUGUAUGUAUGUGUUGGCAAGAGUGGCGCAGUGGGGACUGAAUGCUUUUUAAAAACAUUUAUAUUUUUCAUGAUAUCGUGCUAAAUUCGCUUUGUAUGUUGCAAAUUAAUGUUAAAAUUAAAUCUCGCAAGUGUUAUUGUUUAGUGUUCCAUUGAUACACAAGAUUCCGUCUUUUAAGGACAUUGCGUCGUUAAACAAUGUGCCAUAUUUGACUUUAUUAUAUUAAGCAAUGAAGCUAACAAGAAGGAUAAUGUCCAAUGAUUCCAUUAGUCGCUUGAGACCAUGUCCUGCGUCUUUAUGCAGCUGUUGAAAAUUUGCCCUUUGUAGGGAACAGAGAUGUGUUAAUAUUCAUAAAACGACGCUGUUUCCGUAGAAUGCGAUACUUCUUAUUUUGUUUAUUUGAAUUUGUUUAUCUUUUAUUUUCAGUGGACGGGUAUGGAAACGUUGCUUCCUGCCUGUCGUCUUAAGUGAAAACAGACAAAUGUAGCUGAUAAACAUUAUUUAACAGGUUUUGAUUGUUUUAAUGAAAAUUUAAAUUAUAAGCUUUUCAUUUACUCGAUGUAAAUAUUGCAUUGCUUUCGUGGUGUUGAAAUGUAUCAAAAUAGAUUAUAUAAUUUAUAAACUGUUUAACUGUUCUUUUGUUCCAAUAAAUACUUCCUUGUAAUUGUUAAAAAUGUAUUUAUUUUAAUGCUGUGAAUGGCGUUGUGUUUCGUGAAUUAAUUUAUUUUAUUAUCGAGAUAGUUAACAUAAAAGGUACCAUUCAGCAUUUAGCCCUUUCUACAAAUCGCAUCGUGUAAUAAUUGGUGUUUAAUAAUAGAUCUGAAUAAUA